CAGACUGAUAAUGGGGCAGGAGAGGAGCGUAGGGGGUCAAUUGGAAGCAGCUUCACUGUGACAGGAACAGGAAGUGGUGAGCAGAGUGAGCUACCUGGUAAAACAUGAGGCUCGCCUGUUCCUCUCUCUUGACACUGCCUGUAAAUCAUCUCGGCCGUUCCAAGAGCAGAUUCAGCAGGCUCUGCUAUGCAUUUAACUUAAAUCUGGAGCGAGUGUCUUCGCGCCCGUCCCGCCUGGCACCUGUUUGACUGGUUUCUGGAGGCGAAAUGACACAAAACGGUGCCGUGGCUGAUAGCAGCAGCCCCAAACGGUUGGAUGAACUUAAAAUUGUGAUUGUGGGAGAUGGAGGCUGCGGAAAAACCUCUCUUCUGAUGGUCUAUGCCAAAGGUGAUUUUCCAGAGAAAUAUGCGCCAUCAGUGUUCGAAAAAUAUGUCACCACGAUCACUCUGGGAGGAAAAGAGAUAAAGCUCAACCUGUAUGACACAGCUGGACAAGAUGACUAUGACAGACUGCGUCCGCUUUCAUACCAAGAGGCAAAUCUGAUCCUGGUCUGUUUUGAUGUGACCAACCCCACCAGCUAUGAGAAUGUCACAAUAAAGUGGUACCCGGAGGUGAAGCACUUCUGUCAGGACAAGCCGGUCAUCCUGAUUGGCUGCAAGACCGACCUCAGGAAGGACAAAGAGUGCGCGAGGAAGCUGAGGGCCAUGAAUCUGGCUCCCAUCACUUACAUACAGGGCGAGGAGACCCGCCAGCUCAUGAACGCAGAGCUCUACCUCGAGUGUUCGGCGAAAUACCAGGAGAACGUGGAGGACGUUUUCAGGGAGGCGACGAAGAGGGCCCUGGCCUUCAGCCGAAAACAAAGGAACUGUAAGAGGAGGAAGAAAUGUGUUGUUCUGUGAAGGAAAAAGGACAGAGGACACCGCCGUCCUGCAUGGGGAGCGGCGCUGGCGAUCCCUUUUUUUGUCCCUACACAGAGCAGCCUGACAUCGAGAUACCAAACACGCCCGGCGUCCCACGUGGACGUGGGAACCACCGAUUCAGAAUAUACUCAGCGGCCCCAGGGUGUCUGGGUCCUGCUGAGCCAUCAGCUCGUCUUCCUUCACAGUUACACGAAAAUGAAUACUGAUGCAACAGGAAAGACAAUUUUGCAAGAUGCGGUUUGGAAAUGUUCUGACGAGAGCACUGAAAUCCCCGCCAUCUAGUAUUUUUUCUAUGUAUUUCUGACAAAUCGUUGUAACUUUGUACUAUUGUUACGCCAGAUAUUUUUCCUGGAAUGUAUAUUUAUUGGAAGAAUCUGGGCAGGUACUUGUUGUAUUGUUGCAUUGUUUUGUUUUUAGGUUUUUGCUGACCUUAAUAGGUAUCAGAAUUUAAUAUGUAAGUCAUUUAGUAACAGAAGUCAGAAGAGAACGACCAUCUCACCCAACUGAGGUUUGUUGAUUUCCUACAGAACAAAACACACUCAGUCUCCCGCCUCAGGAAAGAUCUUAGCUGUAACAACAGCGCCCACUAGAGUUGGAAAACCAUAACGUGUGCCUUUUCAAAAAUAAAUCACAGACGUCUUAA